AUGUUCAUCAAGUACCUUCUCGUAGUCUCGCCCUCGUUUCUGUUGGCGAGAUCUGGCAAUGUCAAAGAUGCCUGCUCCCAAAUCCAAAACUCCGUUUCCAGCAGCUCCGAUGUAUUCUAUCCUGGCUCGGAUGGCUAUGCCGCCGACAUAGAGCACUGGUCUCUCGCCAGCACUCAGAACUCGACCUGUACGGUCGAGCCUGGAAGCACAGAAGACGUUUCUACCGUUAUGAGGAUCAUCGGCGAGACAAGGGUUCCGUUCGCGAUCAAAAGUGGUGGCCAUGGUACGAAUCCCGGCUUCGCAUCUACGCAGGGUAUUCAGAUAGCAAUGUCACGUCUCAAUUCGGUGGUUCUGAAAGACAGCAACACCGUCGCCGUUGGUGCCGGCUGCUUCUGGGAUGAUGCAUAUAAUGCGUUGAACGGCACUGGCCGGGUCGUCGUCGGUGCGCGCGUGCCUGGCGUCGGUGUCGGGGGCUUCAUUCUAGGUGGAGGCUAUGCGUAUCAUACCAGUCAAUACGGAUUGGCGAUGGACAACGUUGUCGCGUAUGACAUCGUGCUCCCGAACGCGACCAUAGCCACGAUCACCCCUGCGGAUGCAGACCUCUGGUUUGCUUUACGCGGAGCGGGCGCUGCUAACUUUGGCAUCGUCACUACCUUCCACUUGAUCACACACCCGCAAGGAGAUGUCUGGGGCGGCAUAUUUUCCAUCGACGGCACUCAAUUCGACGCCUUGACCGCCGCAUCGGAACGAUUCUCCGCGAACAACACAGACCCAAAGGCUUGUGUCAUCACGGGGUAUCAGUACGGUCUCGGCGCCGCCUUCGCCUACAUCGUUUUGUUCUAUGAUGGCCCCUCACCCCCGGCUGGAUUGUUCGAUGACUGGUUGGCUAUACCGUCUUUGUCUUCGGACCUUGUGACACGCGACUUCGCCUCUUUCUUACAGUCACUCGAACUCCUCACGCCUAUCGAACCUGGGGCCAGCGCGUACUUCGGUUCCGUGAAUGUUUUCGACUACCCCAUGGAGCUCUUGAAGUAUAUGCAAGAACUAGAUCUUGAGAUUGGUGCCAAGAUGACUGCACUGGACCCCCACUUCUACCUUUCCAUCUACGUGGAGCCCUUCUCACCGUCCUACUUCGAGGACGCUGCAAUCAUAUCUCCUGCGGCAUAUCCGCCAUCGCGAGAUCGCGCUUUGCUACCGAGCAUCGCAUACUAUGGCUUCAAGAACGCAUCUCUCACGAAUGUCAUGCUCGAAUCGCUCCAGAACACCAUUCAAGGUAUCCGCAACAAGGCCAUCGAACUCGGUCAAGACGUCGCGCAGGUUGGCGAGUACGCCAACUACGCCCUGUUUACGACCCCUUCCGUCGACAUCUAUGGCCCGGACAAUCUGAAGCGGUUGCAGGAGAUCCAAGAGGCUGUCGACCCUGAGAGGAUAUUCGACCUGACGGGAGGCUUCAAGAUCAGAGACGAUGUCAACGGCGUUGAGGUCCAGCGUGUCGGGUUGUCAGCAGGUUACGGGUACCAAAUUCCACUCGUAGUUCCGGUUUAG